GGUGUACGCUUAGGAACAGUCAUGCUUGAUGCCUGCAACAGUUCUGAUGUAGCUUCACUCUUCUUCAAUAAUUUACUCGGAAGUCGCAGUACACUGAAAGAUAAGCAUGGACGGUUUGUGGAUCCUAAUUCUGUUAAGGCUCUCAUUGAGGGAUUUAAUAAUGAUGGGGCCAUGUCAUUCUCAAAAGCUACUCAAAUGUAUGGACUGCCACAGAUUGGAACCGUAGCAUCUAGUUCAUUACUGGGAGAUAAAGUAAUGUACCCACUAUUUAGCCGAACGGUAGAAAGUAAUUAUGUCCAGUCUGUGGCUAUGGCAAAUUUCUUUGCAAAGAAAGGUUGGUAUUACAUUCAGGCAGUCCAUUGCCCUUCCAUGCGUCAUGAUGUUGAAGUGUUAAAGAGAAUGACAGCUGACUUUCAAAUAUGCAUGGCUGCUCAAUACGAAAUGGGUACAGAUGGCACUGCAGCUCAGAUUUUGGAUAAAGUCAGGUCAAAUACAAAUGCAAGAGUCGUGGUUAUGUUUUUGGAGAAGAAAAAUAUCAGACAGAUGCUUCAGGCAAUUAAAGACGCUUCAUGGCAGCAGCAAUUUGUCAUUGUUGGGGGUGAGUCAUGGGGCAGCGAUAAUCUGAACAUAAUGGGUUUUGAGAAUGUUGCUAAUGGAGUAGUAUCGUUCCAGCCUCAAAUAGGCCAGACUUCGAACUUCCAAAACUGGUUAAAUCAAAAACAGCCUAGAACAGCAAUGGAUAUGCCUUGGUUCAGAGAACUGUACGAAAAUGCUUUCCAAUGUUACUUGGAUGCUUCAUCAAAAGGUAUGUUCACAAAUGAAUGUCCUAAUCCAGGUUCUGGAAUGUCUAAUUCUCCCAUUUACGAGUUCUGGUACCAGAUGACGACAUCAAUCAAUGCUGUUUACGUCACUGCCAAGGCUCUUGACGAAACUUUGAAGCAUUACUGUGGGCAGGGGUAUUCGGGGGUAUGUGUUAAGUAUCGUGCGGCGAAGGACUCCAAUGCAGUUCUACUCCAAAAUAUCAGAAACGCAUCAUUUAGUAUAGGUUCGUCAUACCAGUUUGACAUGCACAACGGAGAGCCCCUUUCAGGCAUUGAAAUUAUGAACUACAGACAAGGACAAAAGUAUACUUCCGUUGGAUUAUACAACACCAAAUCAGGAGUUCUCACAAUUUCGGACAAUACACUUAUUUAUCCAAGUACUAUUCAGCCUGCUACAUUUUACUCAAUAUGUCCGGGUAUUUGUGGAGAUUGUUCCUAUUUGACCAAAACGAAAUACACCUACGAGCACGGUGACGUCAUAAUUGGAGGUUUAUUUGGAUUACACAAUACACAUCAACUCUACCCCACUUUAUGUGGUGAUAUAAGAUUGAGUUACGGUGUUCAGUUUGGACUCGCCAUGUUCUAUGCCAUUGAUGCAGUUAACAAUAAGCAGGCUCCCGUCUCUUUGAAUGGCAUAAAACUAGGAGGUCUAACUCUUGACCAUUGCGGUAUUCCUAAUCGACCUGGCGAACUUAUUUCUUAUGUUUACACAAACACUGGACUCCUAUCAUCGGAGGAUAGAAUGAAACUAGAUACAUCGAGUAUCAUUGGAUGGAUAACUGACAACACAGCUGCUGUUGAUAGUGCAGCAAUGGUGACCGAGAAGUUAGACAUCCCACUUGUCAGUCCACUAGCUUCUAGUGCAGCUUUUCAGGACAAAGAGAAAUAUCCAAACUUCUUCAGAACGAUACAAGGCGAUGUAACAAUAUCAGUUGCCAUUUCAAAACUAGCAAAAUCAUUGUCUUAUAACUAUGUGAAUGUAAUAUAUUCUGCAGACUCCUUUGGAAAAGGUGGAAUGGAAACAUUCGAAGCGGUAGCCACGCAAGAGGAGAUAUGUGUUCUUCAAAAAUACAUGGUGACCCCAUCUAUGAAUGCUUCUCAAAUUUUAAAAUUAAUAUCGCUUAGCACAAGCCAGGUUGUGGUUUUGUGGACAAAUGGUGCCGAUACAACCGCUCUUCUGAGGGCAAAAAACAUCAGCAGUGGGGCGUAUCAAGAUAUGGUGCUUAUCUCCUCAAUGCCAUAUAUGGCUUUGGCACAAUCUUUCGGUAAUAGUGCUUCAAAAUCAUUCUUCUUUAACAUCAAAACAAGAAAUGACCCAAAGUAUCUCCAGUUCUUAGCUGCGUUUCCAAGUGAUGUUUUUCUGGCGAAUGCAUUCUUGUAUGAGUAUUACACUAAGCUAUUUGGCUGCAAUCUACCUGGAAGCAGCACCUAUAGCACCCAUUGCUCUCAACCGUACGCGCCCAUCACUUCCGCCCGUGGAUUUGCACAAGACAAUUACGUGAUUCCCACAAUAAACGCUGUUUACUCACUUGUCGGAGCUAUGGAUGCUGUGCUUAAAGACAAAUGUGGGCAAAACUAUCAAGGGAUAUGUGCUGCUUUCUCCUCUACCCCUAAUAUUAAUGACAAAAUAAUGGACAAAAUGGAAAAAUUAACGUUUAGGGAUCCUCUUGGAAACAAUUUCGAGUAUAUUGAUCGUGAGGGCAACAUGGGAAUGGAAGUUAUAUACCUAUACAAUAAUGAUCUAACUACGGUUGGAGAGUUUGCCGGAGCGUCCUUGAAUUUGAAAGUUGGUACCUACAUUCCACCAGCUGUUUCCUCCUCUUGUCCGCCCCCAUGUCAACAGUGUAUUCAGAAAAAUAUUGAAUUCACCUACAUCCCUGGCGACAUUCUUCUUGGUGGCUUGUUUGAUGUCCACGAGAACAGUUUGAUUCCUUUCUCUUGUGGUGAUUUGAAUAUACAAGGUGGAUUCCAGCUCUUGGAGGCCUUCAAUUACGCCCUCGAGAAAGUGAAUGACAAGACUGGUCAAUUCCAGAAUGUUCUAAGGAAUGUUAAACUUGGUGGUAUUGGUUUGGAUGCCUGUCAGAGUUCUAUUCGAAUGGGAUAUCUCGUGUCUGACAUCCACAAUGGUAUAAUUAAGCUAACAAGAAAUGGACAGACGGUGAAUCCUGACGAUAUCAGUUUAUACAUUGGUGGUGGAUCCAGUGACAGUUCACUUUACUUGGCGCGUCUUUUAAAAACACUGAAGUUACCCCAAAUCAGUUACAUGUCAAGCAGUGAUUCUCUUUCAAAUCAAGACAGGUAUCCGUAUUUCAUGAGGACGAUUCCUGCCGAUGACAAGCAAUCACUCGCAAUGAUAAAAUUCCUAGACGCUCAGAAUAUUCGGUAUGUUCAAAUCGUUCAUACACCAAAUGAAUAUGGAAAAAUGGGAGCUGAGAAAUUUAAAAAUCUUGCUGCUCAGAAUAAAAUUUGUGUCGCUCAGACCAUUGAGUUCCCUGAUAAUUCGUCUGUGACACAGGAAAGUGCUGAUAAAGUUGUUCGCGCUAUGCUAGAGAAACCUGUUGCCAAUACAAUAGUUGUAUUUGCUAAUGCCAAAUACAUUCAUGAAAUGCUGAAAGCAAUGACGAGAAACGCCGGGGCUAUUGGCAAGUUUAGAUUCAUUGGGUCAGAAACGUGGGGAAAUAAUUAUGAUGCUAUUUCAGGUGUUGAGUAUUUGGCUAAGGGAUCAAUCACUUUGAAUCUGGAGUCAUCCGACAUAAGAGAUUUUGAUUCUCAUAUAGGGCAAAAAUCUCCUGGAAAUUACCCUGAAAACCCCUGGUUUCCUGAAUUCUAUGAAGAAAUGGUGAAUUGCUACCUAACUGUUCCAACCUCAAAACACAAAACUCAAUGUCUUUCGCAGACGAUGAACAUUGCUGCUGAGCGUGACUACAUACAAGACCCUGGUAUUCUGCAUGUGAUUAACGCUGUUUUUGCUGCUGCAUAUGGACUCGAUGACGUACUGAAGUCUCUUUGUGGGGUGAAUUACACGACGGUAUGUGAACAGUUCAAAAAUAACCAAAACCGUCACAAUUUAUUGGUGCAGAGUGUACUAAGGUCCACCUUCGUCGAUCCUUCCGGAGCUACUUUCAGUUUCCGAACAGACCGAAGAGAUGGAAACAAAGGUUACAUGCUGUACGAUAUCAAAGAAAGAAUGACCAUGAAUGAGCUUGGUUACACUUAUGAAAAGAUCGGCGAGUUCUCAAGCCAGGACGUCUUGACAGUUGAAAAUACAUACACAUCUAAUUGGGACGGAAGUUGUGAAAGACAAGGGUCCUGCUCUGAAUGUCCAACUGUUCGAAACUUGUUGCAGAGAUACAUGCUUCAGCCUGCCAGAGACCAGUCCACAAAUGGAGCAACCCUUUUGGCUAUUCUGCCAAUUCACAAACGGGGAACUGAUCGUUAUUUAUGCGGACAUCUUGACAUUGGUGUACUUUACAAUGCCCUUGCAUUUAUUUACACAUUAGAUACCUACUUUCCAACAACUAAAUACAAACUGCGUGGGCUAAUUGUCGAUAGUUGUUCAAACAAUUUGAGAGUAGACCAGGAUCUUUACAGUCUGUUUUCACGUGGACGGUUGUGUAAUACAGAGUUCUCAUUUGAUGGGGAAAUAAGUAAUAAGACUCUUGCAGGUCUUAUAACUAGUACCUCCGAUCAUGUUAUGGCAGCAAACCGCGUCUUAGCCCCUCUUAAAGUACCUAUUCUUAGCAAUAGCGCAACUUCUACUGCACUCAGUGAUAAAGAGAAAUAUCCCUUUUUUGCUAGAACCGUCCCACCAGACAACUUACAAAUGGAUGUCAUCGUUAGAAUUCUAAAAAAUAAAAACUGGAAUUCAGCUUCCGUUAUCUAUAGCAGUGAUACUUAUGGAAGAACUCUAUUCGAAGAUUUCUUAACUAGAGCAAGAAACAUGCAAACAUGUGCUGGUGCUCAUAUUGCUGUUCCCUAUCCAGCGACAUUAGACCAAGCAAAGGAUGCAAUUAGAUAUAUCGAAAGUAACUCAAAGUCUAAGGUAAUUGUUCUCAUAUCAAGUGACCCAAAGAUUGUUCUACAAGCUGCUAAAGAACUAAACGUACUGGACAAGUAUUUAUGGAUUGGAACUGACACAUGGGGUUCUAGCUUGGAAGUCGUUAGUGGAAUGGAGGGUGACCUUUUGGGAUCAAUCACGGUAGAGCCAAGAUCAACUCCUGUUGAAAAGUUUGCUAGAUAUGUCAGUGAGUUGAAGUACAAUGACCGUAAAGGGAUUCCUAAUGACUGGUUCGAAGAAUUUUACCAGAUGUUCCACAAAUGUAACAUUCAAUCCGCGAAAGUUAACUUUCCACAGUACAGUGCUUGUACAGGAAGUGAAACCAUAGAUGACUGGACCAAAAUAGAUUUUCAGCCCUAUGUCCUUAAUACCAUUGCAGCCACAUAUGCUUAUGCUAAAGCCAUCGAUGCAGUGUCCAACGGUAGAUGUAUUUCCACAGCUUCCUUUGAAGAAUGUUUCAGAGUAGACGAAUCUUGGAAUGAACUCUUUAGCAGUAUUCUGAAUGUGGAAUGGAAUGUCCAGAGUAGUUUAGACCUCAGUCGAUCUUUCAUCUUGAAAUUUAAUAGCGAUCGUUUCUGGGACAUCGGUUAUAAUAUUAAAACAUUAUCAAGUUCUACGGAAUACCAAGAUAUGGGUAGCUUGAUCAGCGCUAGCUUCCAGUUCUCAUCAAACUAUGACAAUAAUAAGGGAAAUAACUGGUCGCCAUGUCGAAGCACUGCAGUUUGUGACUGUUCAGCCCCUGUAGUGAGUGCCCAGACAAGCAACGAUACCAUAAGGCGUGUCAAAGCAGCGGAACCUAGGAACUAUCUGUUCUACAACGUUAUGAACACUACAAUUAACAAUCAAUUUGUGCCCAUCUAUGAUUUAACCUACAAGUGGCCAAUUUGGGCAAUAGCUGUAGCAGUUCCUACUUGCGUCGGAUUGUUUAUCACGUUUUUCCUCUUUUUGUACCUUCUAAUAUUCUACGAAAUCAGGGGAGGCACAACCAUACUAGGAUUUUUGAUGAUGUUUGGAAUAUUGGGAAUUUAUGCCAUCAAUUUCGCGUUCUUCCUUCCAGCUGCAACAGACACAUGUGGUGCUAGACAGUUUUGCAUGGGAGUGGUAUAUGCAAUCGUUUUUGCUGCUCUUCUUGUCAAAGCAGUUGACAACUGGCGAUUCGGCGAGAAUGUAGACUACUUCAACCAACAGCAAAUGGAUGAAAAAUACAAAGGGAUCACGGGGAAAGGAGUACUACUCUUAAUUGCUUUGGGAAUAGUCUGCGUGCAGUUAAUUAUACCCAUUCAAUGGCUAGUCCAUCGUCCUCCUUCCGCAAGUUUGAUGGCUGAUGCAACAGAGAUACAUGACUGGAUGAUGUGCGAUCCACAUGACAUGUAUGACAAAGCGUUGGUGAUGUCAAUGAUUUUUGUCAUGUUUUUAGUCUUGCUUACUGCAAUAUUUUCCGCCAUGGCAUGGGACAGUGAUAAUAACAACUACGAAUCACGUUGGAUUCUGGUCUCCAGUGUGUGUACAGCCGGCUGCUUUAUGGUGUGGAUGAUCGUCAUAACGAACGCGUCACCGCCAUAUCGUGAUGCGGCGGUGGCACUGGGUAACUUCUUUAACGCUACCGCCAUUUUAAUUUUCACAAUCAUCCGAAAAGUGGUGAUCAUGUUGUGGCCACGUGAUCCGGAGGAAAUGGAGGAGGAAAAACCUGGAUCAAUUAUUGACGAGAGGGCAAACGAUGUGUAUUCCACAGUUUACUCAAAUCCAGGAUAUGACAACGAUGACGCAGUCUUCCAACCGUCUUCACCAAGGCAGAGUGAACUUGACAACGGAGACGUGGGAUUUUAAAUAGAAAAUAGACGAAGUGAGUAGGCAAAUGAAAAAAAUAUUUAAUAAACAGUGCUAUUGGAUCCUCCGAUCCUGUGGAGCCGGAUAAAGCUGUGAAAUGUCUCUUUUGUACCAUAUCCAUGUACGAAGGGUAGACGAAAGCCAUAUGUUCCACAAAAGCCAAUACCCUCGUAUGAUAAGGAUACAUUAAAUUAAUGUCUUCAGGAUACCUACAUGUAACGGCUUUUCAGAAGGUUCACUCGUGUGUAAUUUUUUUUCUCUUCGUAAUCAAUUACUUUUCAAUGGUAAAUGAAAAAUGAUAUUGACAAUUCCAAAGUAAUUGCUGCUGAGAUUCUUUUUCCAAUGAUUUUUUUUACUGUUGUAUCUUGCCAUGAUACUAGAUGUAUUUGUCAAAUUAAGCAAUCUCAGUCUUUGACCAGAAUGUCAUGAGAGUUUCUUAUAGAAAGAUGCUGAUUUCUGUGAAUGAAUGUUUUUCAAAUGCGCGUGUUUGUUAGUGGGUGAAUAAUUGUUGAGAAUUUCAUAUAAGAUAUUUGUACAUUUAAAGGCUUCACUUAGUUCAGACGUGAUGUGCGUCUGUAGUACGGUGUUUAUAUAAUUUUUGUACUAUUACGUAUAUAUAUGAUUGUGAUAUAUUUUUUAUACAAUAAAAUUUUUUUGUAUAUA